AUGUAAGAGUAGUUUUUAUUUGUUUUUAGUAAUAACACCAAUAUUUAAAAUCUUACAAUUACAAAUACUUUCUUAAAUAAAAAUUAAUUUUCUUAUGUUUACUAUAUACAAAGUACAAUAACCACAUCUAUUUAGAGUAUUUUAGUUCAGAACUCUACUGAUGUUGUGAUAGUUUAAAUUGAAGAGUAAGAUAUUAAUACAAUUUAAUACCUUAGUGGUAAUUUUAUACUAAAUAAUGUAACACUUCUUAAUUGUGUAGAUACAAACUUCUCUAUUCAGGUUCAGACAGUUAAAUUAUCUAAUAUUGCUUUAGAUUAUAUUGAAGUUUCAUAAACUAUUUUUAGUAUUUAAGCUGAAUAAAUAAGUUUGGAAUAUUUUAAUAUCACAAACACUAAACCAUUUUCAAAAGCAGCUGAAAAUAUUGAAAUAUCAAUGAUUAAUAUAAAUUAAUAAAACAGAGGUGGAUAUGCUCAUAUUUCUUAAUCAAAAUUCAUAAAUAUCACAAUAUCAAAUAACAAUCCUUUGAUAUUUUUAAAUGGAAUCUUUAAUAUAAUUUUGGAUAAUUUUAUAAUUAAAAAUGUGGUAAAUACAUAAAAUUAAUAUACUUCUAUCUUUGUAAUUUAAGAUUGUGAAACUGUAACUAUCACUGAUAGCUAAUUUACAAAAAAUGUUAAUAGUAAUGGUCCUGGAGGAGUUAUUUAUGCAGCUGAAAAUAAAAAUAAUAACACUUUUAAAGAUAAUGUUGGAAGAAUCUUUGGAUAAAAUUUUGGUUCUACUUUAAGGAAAGUGUAUAUUGAUUUAGAUAAUAUAGAAGCAUCAAAUUAAAUUUUGAAAUCUAUUUAAGAUGAAAACAUACUAAUCAAAUUAUUUAAAAGUGGAAAUUAAAUAAAUUUAAAAAAAAUAUAGUUAUUGGAUGAAGAAAAAAACCCAUUAAAGUUACCAGAUUUUAAUUCAGCUGAAUUUAGUUAAUUGAGUAAUGAUGUGUAAUUAUUACUAGAAUAAAUUAGUGUUUCGGUAACUUGGGAAUAAGAAAAUUAGUAAAUAUAAUGCGUUGGUUAGCUUUAAACAAAGUAGUUUACAAAUGGAGGCUUUAGCUUAGAUGUUUAAAUAUUUUAUAAGCCAAUGUCCAAUAUGACCCUAAAAAUAGUAAGUAAUAUGUUUCCAUAAAUUAAAGAUUCAAAUGGAAAUAUUAUAGUUAUAGGAGGGUAAGCAGAAUUAAAUGUUUAAGUUUUUAUGGAAUAAUGCUCAGUUGGAGAAAUACUUAUAUAAUAUGGUAAUUCUAUUGCUUGUGAAUCUUGUCCAGACGGAAAAUACUCACUGAGUUAAAAUGAUACUUAAUGUAAAUUAUGUCCUGAUUCAGCUAUAAGGUGUAUAGGUUCAAAUAUUUAUUUAUAGAAUGGAUAUUGGAGAGAAAAUGAUAAAACAGACAAUAUUUUAUAUUGUAGUUUUAAUCCAUUAUCCUGUAAACCAUAAAUUUCUACUUCUAAAUUUAACUGUGAUGUAGGUUAUAAAGGACCUCUAUGUCAGAGCUGCGAUACAUAUGGUGAUAUAUGGGAAGCUAAAUAUUCUGAAAUUUUAAAUCCUGGUCAUUGCUAUAAAUUUAUAUUUUAACUAUGUUAAGAAGAAUUAUUAAUUAACUUGAAUUUAAACUCACUGGUUACUUCCUUAAUAAAUUGA